AUGCCAAGGGAAAUUAUAACCUUACAGUGCGGGCAAUGUGGAAACCAAAUUGGAGUAGAAUUUUGGAAACAGCUGUGCAAUGAACACAACAUAGACAAGGAGGGAAUAUUGAAAAAUAAUAACUAUUUGAAUGAAGACAGAAAAGAUAUAUUUUUUUAUCAAGCAGACGAUGAACACUUUAUCCCAAGAGCUCUUCUGUUCGAUUUGGAGCCGAGAGUUAUUAAUAGCAUUCAAGCAAGUGAAUAUCGAAAUUUAUACAAUCCAGAAAAUAUGUACAUAUCCAAAGAGGGAGGAGGAGCUGGUAAUAAUUGGGGGUGUGGGUAUAGCCAAGGACAUAAAGUAGAAGAAGAAAUAAUUGAUAUGAUAGAUAGAGAAGUAGAUAAUAGUGAUAAUUUAGAAGGAUUUAUAUUAUCUCACUCAAUAGCAGGUGGUACUGGUAGUGGAAUGGGUAGUUAUUUACUUGAGUUACUUAAUGACAAUUAUUCGAAGAAAGUUAUACAAACCUUUUCAGUUUUCCCACUGUUGACAAAUGAAAGUAGUGAUGUAGUUGUUCAACCAUAUAAUAGUAUAUUAACAUUGAAGAGACUUAUUUUAAGCACUGAUAGUGUUGUUGUUAUUGAUAAUACAUCAUUAAAUAGAAUAUUUGUCGAUAGAUUAAAAUUAAAUAAUCCUACUUUUCAACAAACCAAUACAAUUAUUUCAAGUGUAAUGUCAGCAUCUACAACUACACUAAGAUAUCCAGGGAGUAUGAACAAUGAUAUGAUUAGUUUAAUUUCAUCUCUUAUUAUUAAUCCUAAAUGUCAUUUUCUCGUUACUUCUUACACUCCCAUAACUAUUGAUAAGCAUUUAUCCAAUGUACAAAAAACAACCGUUUUAGAUGUGAUGAAAAGACUUUUACACACGAAAAAUAUUAUGGUUUCUGUGCCUGUCAGAAGAGGUAUGUACAUCUCCAUUUUGAAUAUUAUCAGAGGGGAAACUGAUCCUACUCAGGUUCACAAAGGAUUACAAAGAAUACGAGAUAGAAAGCUAGUUAAUUUUAUUAAAUGGAAUCCUGCAUCUAUUCAAGUAACGUUAGCCAAACCAUCACCACAUGUUGUUUCAACUCAUAAAGUUUCUGGACUUAUGAUGGCUAACCAUACUUCCAUCUCCACUCUCUUUGAGAGGUGUGUCACUCAGUUUGAUAGACUUUUCAAAAGAAGAGCAUUUUUAGAAAAUUACAAAAAAGAACCCAUGUUUUCCAGUGCUGAUGGGCAAGGCAACUUUGAGGAAAUGGAAUCAUCUAAAGAAAUCACUCAAAAUUUGAUAGAUGAAUACAAGAGCGCUGAACGCGAUGAUUACUUUAGCCACGCCUAUCUCUAA